AUGCCCUGCCCUCGGCCGCCCUGGCUCCGCCGCCCGCGGGCCCCCCGGGGCUCGGGCCCGUGCACCCCGCGCUCCCCCGGUAGGGGAGAGGACGAGGACGAGGGCGGCGAAGAGGAGGUGGACGGCAGCCCGGGCCCCAUGCUGGCCCCCGCCUCCCCGGUGGAGUGCCUCAUCUGCGUGUCGCCCUUCGACGGCGUGUUCAAGCUGCCCAAGAGCCUGGACUGCGGCCACGUCUUCUGCCUCGAGUGCCUGGCCCGCCUGUCGCUGGCCACGGCGGGCGGCGGCGCGGCGGUGGCCUGCCCGGUGUGCCGCGCGCCCACGCGCCUGGCCCCGCGCCGCGGGCUCCCCGCGCUGCCCACGCAGCUCGGCCUGCUGCCCGGCCCCGUGCGCGUCCCGCCGGCGCCCCCGGGCUCCGUGCGCUUCGACCGCCGGCGCGGCCUGCUCUACCUGCGGCCGCCGCCGCCCGGACCCGGGCCGCGCAAAGCCCGCGCGCCGCCGCCGCCGCCGCCGUUGCGCCUCGGCCGCCCGCUGUCACGCCGCCUGUCGCUGGCGCGCUCGGCCUGGCUCUUCCACGCGGCCGUCGUCCUGGCCGUGCUGGUGGCCGCGGGGCUGGUGGUCUCGGGCGUCUACAUCUUCUUCCUCAUCCCGCGCGCUACCACCGCCCACCCCGCGCGGCCCCAGCUCGUGGCGCUCGCCCCGGCUCCCGGCCUCUCCUGGUUCCCGCCUCAGCCCACCGCCCCAGCGCUCCGGACCCCCGGCAGGACGCCGCGCCCCGCGAGCCCCGGCCCGGACUCGGGUCCCGACCCGGACGCCGUCCCACCCGGGGCUUCGGAGCCCGAGGGGCUCCCCAAGGACACGGAGACACCUGCUGGGCCCUCGGAGCGCGCGGGGGGCGGGGUGGAGGCUGGCCCUGACCGGACCCCGCGGGCACGGGGCGCCGGGGCCCGGGGGUCGUCCUGA